ACAUUGGGUGGGACAAACAAUUUCCAAACAGAAGGUGUCAUGUUGAAAAUUCCUGCAAAAUUCUUACCAACACCGAAAGAUCUCCUGUAUACAUCAUAAUAUCCCCACGUUCAUUGGCUGAAACCCAAACCUGGGGUCUCAGCCAUGGCGUGUAGUGGGUUGCGGGGAAGCUUCAUGGAAGAACGGACAAGAACCGCGGCAUUAUUGAAUGCGAAGGGCAAAAGAUAUAAAAUGGGAGACUGUCCCCAUAAUCGAACUGUUUGAUAUUCAAGUCGCUCAGUCUCUUCAAAGUCUUCUCACUGUUGACGUUGGCAAUCCAAUUAAGUUAAUCAAAAAUCAAUUUGAUCUUCAGCGCCUAUCUAAUCUCUGCCGAGGCCCUCGUCCACUACCAAUCAUGGCGAUACACGACCUCCUGCUAUCUCCAUGGGCUAUUCCGAUUGCUCUUUCAAUCUUCUACCUCCUCCCUUACUUUACAUCGAAUACCAGCAUUCGAAGUAUUCCAGGUCCUUUCGCUGCGAAAUUCUCAAAUCUAUGGCUGCUUCUACAGGCCCGCCAAGGGAAGCGCUAUCUGAGUGUCGAUGAAGCGCACAAGAAAUAUGGAAAGCUGGUUCGGAUACAACCUGACCAUGUUAGUAUUGCGGAUGACUCGGCGAUCAGUGCUAUCUAUGGUCAUGGAAAUGGGUUCUUGAAGGCGUAAGUGGGAUGAUAGAUUUGUUUGCAUAGCUCAUGCUCAUUGUUGUAUAGCGAUUAUUACGAUGUCUUCGUCUCCAUUACGCGGGGUCUUUUUAAUACGAGAGAUCGAGCGGAACACACUCGAAAGCGAAAGACCGUAUCGCACACAUUUUCUACGAAGAGUGUUUCCCAAUUCGAAAUAUAUAUGCAUGGCAACCUUGAGAUAUUCGUAAGGCAAUGGGAUGACUUAUCCAAGAACGCCCAAGGCGGAUUUGCCAGAAUCGAUAGUCUGCAUUGGUUCAAUUACCUGGCUUUUGAUAUGAUCGGAGAUCUCGCUUUUGGACAACCAUUUGGCAUGCUUGAGAAGGGCAAGGAUAUUACGGAGAUUCAAUUGACGCCUGGAGGGCCCAUAACGUAUGCGCCAGCUGUGGAAGUGCUGAACCGACGUGGAGAAGUCUCUGGAACUCUGGGCUGUCUUCCUGGUCUCAAGCCUUAUGCGAAAUACCUCCCUGAUCCAUUCUUCAGCAAAGGUCUAGCAGCUGUACAAAAUCUCGCCGGAAUCGCGACUGCAAGAGUGGGACAGCGUCUAGAUGGCAAGCAAGACACCGAACGAGUUGAUCUCCUCGCCCGGCUUAUGGAAGGCAAAGACGAACGCGGAAACCCCAUGGGACGAGAAGAAUUAACAGCCGAAGCUCUCACACAACUCAUCGCCGGUUCAGACACAACCUCCAACACCUCCUGCGCCAUCCUCUACUGGGUCCUCAAAACCCCGGGUGUCCUCCAAAAACUCCAGAGAGAACUCGACGACGCAAUCCCAGAGGGUAUCGACGUCCCCACCUUCGAAAUGGUGAAAGAUCUAAAGUAUCUCAACAACGUAAUCCAAGAAACCAUGCGCAUCCACUCGACCUCCUCCCUCGGUCUCCCCCGCGUCGUCCCUCCCGGAGCAGGCGUCGAUAUCCUCGGCCACCACUUCGCGCCUUACACCGUCCUCUCCGUCCCCGCCUACACAAUCCACCAUUCUAAAGAGAUUUGGGGAGCCAAUGCUUCGGAGUUCGUCCCAGACAGGUGGGAUUCACUGACGGAGAGGCAGAAGAAUGCUUUUAUCCCUUUCUCGUAUGGACCGCGAAGUUGUGUUGGGAGGAAUGUGGCGGAGAUGGAGUUGGCGCUGAUUGUUUCGACGACGUUUAGGAGGUAUCAGUUUGAUGUCUAUCAGGAUGUUUUGGAGACGAGAGAGGGGUUUUUGAGGAAGCCGUUGGAGUGUAUGGUUGGGAUUAAGAAGAGGGUGUAGAGUGGGG